AUGUCCAACCCAAGCCUUAACAACACAACCCUCACAAAUAUAAUGCCACCCGCGGACCGCAACAUGUUCGCUCGGACUCCACGAGUUAGGAAUCUUAACCUCAGUAUCCUGCCAACAGUCCUGGGGCUAAAUCCGAAUGCACCCGAGCAAGAUCCUCGGCUGCUCCCUGCAGCGGAGAAAUUGCAGGAGUACCGUUACCGGGCCCGCUUACUCGCGGCAGUUUUCGAGUACAUCGCGCCAAUGUUUGAGGACACCGAUCCCUCUUCGCGUCCCUUGGAUUUCUACCACGCGAUCUUUGCUGCAACCCACCCAGAGCUUGUGCAGCACUUUCCUGUGAAGCUCAUGAUUCCACUAUCUCGUUCUGCUCAGGCAGUCAUUGCUGAGCUUUGCGAGCACUACGAAAAGCACUGGUACAAUGGUCGCAAAAUACUUCGCGAGCUACACAAAGAUAUUGAGACAGUCGCGAAGGCCAAUUUCCAACUCGACUCUAGGCUUGUGAAUGAAGCCUUUUCCUCUGACGAGUGGGUAUAUUGCGGCUGGCAAGCCGGUGAUGGACCUCCAACCAACUAUGACGACAUCGCCCGAGAGUUGGAUGGUUCGUCUGGGAGCACUAUCGUCCCUUGCGAAUUCCCCAAUGAUGAACCCGAGUGUAGCAUGUGCUUCGAGAACCUCGACAAUAGCGAGAAAUACCGCGCUGUCAGCACCGAAUGCCAGCAUAUCUUUGGUGCGCACUGCCUCCGCACCUGGAUUGUUGAGAACUUCAAGACCACAAUUCCCCUUUGCCCUAAGUGCAGACGCCCCUUGUUUCAUGUCCAACCAGGUCGCGAAAUGCAGUGCAAGCUAGCGAACAUGACUUGGGCCGAACUCGAGCAGCUACUAGCAGGAUAA